AUGGCGGUGAGCAGUGCAUUUCUCAUCCCUUACUUGAUGAUGCUGGCACUAGCUGGAAUACCCAUUUUCUUCCUGGAAGUUUCACUGGGGCAGUUUGCUAGUCAGGGACCUGUGUCUGUCUGGAAAGCCAUCCCAGCCUUACAAGGCUGUGGCAUUGCUAUGCUGAUCAUCUCUGUUCUAAUAGCCAUAUACUAUAAUAUUAUUAUGUGCUACACACUUUUCUACCUUUUUGCAUCCUUUGUGCGUGUAUUACCCUGGGCUUCCUGCACCAAUCCUUGGAAUACACCAGAUUGCAAAGAUAAAAGAAAACUUUUAUUAGAUUCGUGCAUCAUUGAUGACCACCCAAAUAUACAGAUCAAGAACUCUACUUUCUGUAUGAGUGCCUAUCCAAACUUGACUAUGGUUAACUUCACCAGCCAAGGAAACAAGACUUUUGUCAGUGGAAGUGAAGAGUACUUCAAGUACUUUGUAUUGAAGAUUUCUGCAGGGAUUGAAUAUCCUGGUGAAAUCAGGUGGCCCUUGGCACUUGCUCUCUUUCUGGCUUGGGCGAUUGUGUACGCAUCCCUGGCUAAAGGAAUCAAGACAUCGGGAAAAGUCGUGUAUUUUACUGCUACAUUCCCUUAUGUAGUGCUCAUCAUCCUGCUUAUCAGAGGAGUAACCUUGCCAGGCGCUGGGGCUGGAAUCUGGUAUUUCAUCACGCCUAAGUGGGAGAAACUAACUGAUGCUAUGGUGUGGAAAGACGCUGCCACUCAAAUUUUCUUCUCGUUAUCUGCUGCAUGGGGAGGUCUAAUUACUCUCUCUUCAUAUAACAAAUUCCAUAAUAAUUGCUACAGGGACACAUUGAUAGUCACAUGCACCAACAGCGCCACAAGUAUAUUUGCAGGCUUUGUCAUCUUUUCAGUUAUUGGCUUCAUGGCAAAUGAACUCAAAGUAGAUAUUGAAGAUGUGGCAGACCAAGGUCCUGGUAUUGCCUUUGUGGUUUAUCCUGAAGCCUUAACAAGGCUUCCUCUCUCUCCGUUCUGGGCUAUAAUAUUCUUUUUGAUGCUUCUAACUCUUGGAUUGGACACUAUGUUUGCCACUAUUGAGACGAUUGUGACCUCCGUUUCAGAUGAGUUUCCCAAGUACUUGCGUACCCACAAACCACUGUUCACUCUUGUUUGCUGCAUUUCCUUUUUCAUCAUGGGAUUUCCUAUGAUCACUCAGGGUGGACUGUACAUGUUACAGCUUGUGGACACUUACGCAGCUUCUUACUCUCUUGUCAUCAUUGCCAUCUUUGAGCUUGUUGGGAUUUCAUAUAUAUAUGGCUUGCAAAGAUUUUGUGAAGAUAUAGAGAUGAUGAUUGGAUUCCAGCCAAGUAAAUUCUGGAGAAUCUGUUGGGCAUUUGUGACCCCAACUAUUUUAACUUUUAUUCUUUGCUUCAGUUUUUACCAAUGGGAACCAAUGACCUAUGGAGCUUACCAUUAUCCAGGCUGGUCGAUGGUCCUUGGGUGGCUGAUGCUGGCCUGCUCUGUUAUUUGGAUCCCUAUUAUGUUUGUGAUAAAAAUGCACCUAGCACCUGGCAAAUUUAUUGAGAGGCUCAAGCUGGUCUGCUCUCCACAGCCUGACUGGGGCCCAUUUUUGGCUAAACACCGUGGUGAACGUUACAAGAAUAUGAUUGAUCCACUGGGAACUUCCUCCCUUGGACUUAAACUGCCAGUGAAAGAUUUAGAAUUGGGAACCCAAUGCUAG